UAUCCUGUAUAUAAAUAAUUGGAUGUUUCAUAGAAAAAUUACAUUUAGAUUAUAUUAUUAGUAUGUACUACAUAGUUGAAUACAAUUUAAACAAAAAACCGCAAUAAAAUAUAUCAAAAGUUUGUGACUGAUUAGCUUCAGAUAUGCUUUAUCUUUUUGGUUAGAGAAUAGCAAUGAUAACAUGUAAUGAUUAUUUUUAUGUAAUUUCAAGGUUCCAUUAUAAUAGUAAAUCCUUUCACUUUCAUAAGAAAUAGCCUAGAUUCCACGUCAGUUUUUUCCUUGAUUUAGACAUGAUUAGACUUCUGUAAUCUGUACAUAGUUGUUGCUUUUUUAAAGUGAAAACAGUAUACGUAUUAUCUACUUAUACAAUAAAUUUACAUGUAGUGUGUAAAAAUUUUUACAAUUAAUCUAAAAAUAUUUUAUAAAAAUUCAUUGUUGUUUAAAAACAUAUAAUGGGUGGAAAAAAUUGUAAAAGUUAUUCAACUAAAUCAAAAAAUUUUCAAGAUCAAUCAUCUCCACCGUCUUCAAAGUCGUCAAAAAGUAACAUGUGUGAUAAUGAAUUCAUUGAAGAUGUUGUCUGUAAUGAAACAGACAUCAAUGAAAACGAGAUGAAAUUACUUCCUUUGGGAGAGGAAGGACAAAAAAUAUUAUUAAUUAAACAGAAAGGACAAUUACAUGCAAUUGGAACCAAAUGUUCUCAUUAUGGAGCAUUGUUGCAUACUGGAGCAUUGGGUGAUGGAAGAGUGCGAUGUCCUUGGCAUGGAGCUUGUUUCAACAUUAAAACUGGUGAUAUUGAAGAUUUUCCAGGACUUGAUUCCCUUCCAUGUUAUAAAGUAUCAAUUGAAAAUGGAUCUAUUAAAGUUCGAGCUAAGAAAACGGAGCUUGAAACAAAUAAACGUAUUAGAGGACUCACUUUCUCUUUAAAAGAAACGGAUCCAACAGUCGUUAUAGUGGGGGGAGGACCCGCUGCAGCAACGUGUGCUGAUACAUUACGUCAAGAAGGUUUUGCUGGUCGUAUAAUAGUAAUUGCAGCAGAAUCAGUUCUUCCUUAUGAUAGAGUUAAAGUAUCAAAAGCAAUGGAUUUCGAUGUUGAAAAAUCAGCACUUCGAAGUCAAGAUUAUUGGAAUCAACGAAUGGUUGAAAUAAAAUUAAAUGCUACAGCGCAGAGUUUAGAUACUUCUAAGAAAAUAGUAGUACUAACUAAUAAUGAAGAAAUCAAAUAUACAUAUUUAUUCGCAGCCACUGGGAGUAAAGCAACGUUUCCAAAUGGUCCAGAUCUUAGUUUAAAUAAUAUUUUCUUCCUAAGAGACCAUAAAGAUGCCGCAAAUAUUCAUAAAACUCUUGCUCCAGAAAAAAAUGUUGUUAUUAUUGGUCAAGGUUUUAUAUCUAUGGAAUCAGCUGCUUACUGUGUUGGAAAGUGUAACUCUAUUACUGUUGUUGGAAAAGGAAAAAUACCCUUGUCAACAGUUUUUGGUGAUGUGAUUGGAGAACGAUUGAAAAAAGAACACGAAUCAAAAAACGUUGUAUUUAUUAAUGGAACUACAGUUAAAAAAUUCAUCAAUGCAGAGAAUUCUAAUGAUGUAAAAGAAGUUGAAUUAGAAAACGGAGUAAUUUUACCAGCAGACAUAGUUAUUUGUGGAACUGGAUCUACUCCUAAUUCUGACUGGUUGAAAACUUCUAACAUUAAUAUCAAUAAUGAUCACAGUGUUUCAGUUGAUAAAUUUUUAAAAACAAAUGUUGAUGGGGUGUUCGCUGGUGGCGAUCUUGCUUGCGCUCCUGUUUUUAUUAACAAUGAUGAACCAGCUGUUAUUGGGCACUAUGGACUCGCACAUUAUCAUGGAAAAAUUGCUGCUUUAAAUAUAUGUGGCAAAGAAACUCCGUUGAGAGCUGUUCCAUAUUUUUGGACUUCAUUAUUUGGAAAAAGUAUACGAUAUGCAGGAUUUGGGCGUCCAACAAGUAUAAAGAUUCAUGGAUCAGUUGAGGAUUACAAAUUCUUUGCUUAUUACUUUAAAAAUGGAAAAGUAAUUGCUAUGAGUAGUGCAGGCACUGAUCCCAUAGUAUCUGACUUUGCUGAGUUUCUUUAUGAAGGAAAAACUUUAACCGAAAAAGAAGUACAAGAAAAUCCAACCGGUUGGAUGCGAAAUAAACCUAAAGAAGCUCUUAAAACUAUUUUCCCUGAGAAAUUUUCGUCAGGAACUCAGGUGUUUCGCACACAAUUUGGAAUUGAACACAAAAAGAAUUAUCAUACACUUGCCUACAAACGACCUAUUAAUAAUGAAAUGAGGAUAAUUAAUAUAUUAACCAAUGCAAUACUCAAAUAUUCUAAAUAUUUCCCUCGAUAAUUGUAAUUUUGUAUUAUUUUCUUUUCUCAUCUAUUUUA